AUGCUGUACCUCGCGCACGCCUAUGAGGCCUCGGCGGUUCUGCAGACCUUGCCUCUCGCAUCUUUCCUUCCAACGGGGCCGUGUCUAGCUGUCGUCAAGCACUCGACCGUCGAGUUUCUCUCGCUGGCUACUGGUGUGGAGGAAUCCCCGUCUUCGGCGGCAGGACUUCUCGAUCUCGUGCAGACCGUAUCGCUUCACGCUCGUAUCCUCUCUGUCCAGGCUGUGACAGAUCCGAGCUCGUCGAGACAGACCCUCCUCGUCCUCACCGAUCAUUACCGGCCCCGACUCAUCAGCCUUGCAUCCUCAGUCAAUCCCAAGAACGGCGAAGUGAUCAUCGAAACCACCGCAACAUUGGCCCUCGAUGAAGUCGCUCGCUCUCCCGCAGAAUCUGCGUUGGGCAUCUGGACCGAGCCCUUCUCACCCACCACAAUCAAGCUUGGUCAGAGAAUCGCACUUAGCCACGUAUAUAAAGGUGUCGCAAAGGUCGUUCCGAUGCCAGCUUCCACAGCUUCAACAAACUCGGAAGUAGCAGAUGAUGCAGAUGAGAUCAUGCACGACGUUUCCAGCACAAAGACGCCCUCUCCUGGUGUGCAGUUCUCGCAGUCCUUCAGCGUCCGACUGCCACACCCCAAUCUGCUGUCGUGCGCAGUGCUCAGUCCCAUGUCCCAGGCCUCCGUCCCCGCCGUUGCUUUGCUCUCUCAGUCCAGCGUGCCUUCGAAGAUUCCUGGCUUCGGCGAGCAAUGUCUUCCAGUGCUUUCUUUCCAUUCGGUCCACGUGUCCAGCCAGGACUUCUUGCCCAUGCCUUGGGGUCCUCCACGAAAGCCUCCUCGCAGCGGAAGGGACGACGACGACGACAAACGCCUUGAGGCUCAGUCCUCCUCUGCUGCCACUCAGGCAAGUCGCGACAUCAAGGCCGCCAAGAACGACGAUAAAUCUUCCGCGCGCAAGAAGCAUGGCCCUGCCGCCAUGGGCUCCAAAGCGUCCAUUGGUGACCUGCGCAAGAGAGAAGAAGAUUAUGCGAAGACAGACCUCGCUCAUUGCCACGUCCCCUUGCCUCACGCUGAUGCGGUUGGCGCCCACUACGUACAUGCACUUCCUGCUCACGUUGGUGGCGGCGUGCUCGUCUUUUCAGAGAACAGCAUCCUCUAUGUGCCUCCUCCCACGAAUCCUCCCACGUCCACAACUAACAGCGAGUCCGCCGAUCCGGCGACGGAAGCCUCAGAUGCCAAGGGCAAGAGACGCAAAGCGAGCGAGGGUGGAUCCUUCGAGCCUCGAAGGCGUUCCUCCGGCGCCGCUCAGGCACGAACUUCGCCCGCCAAGACAGAGCAAGUAACGACUGCCGCCACUCCAACACCCUCCAACGAGAACGGCAAGCGCAGGCGCUCCUCGGUCAAUGUGCCCACGAGCGGCGCAGAGACUCCCUCUAACGCCACGACCUCAUCUUCAAGCCGUCCGAGGCUGUUCCGCGUCGGACUCCCACAUCCCGUCCAAGUCGUGUCGGUCGUCGACAUCGGAGAUGCGAGCCCUUCUCAGACUACGGGCACGAUCGCCUUCUCCGUUGCCUUCGCAUGCCAUUCGGGGGCACUCAACGUACUGCGACUCACCAUGCCUGACGGCUCCGAAAGUUCGCCUCUUCCCUUGCAACCCAAGUCGAUCAGGGUUGAGACGCUUGGACACACGUCCCAGCCUGCUGGUUCACAGGCUCUCUCCUACCUCGGCGACGGCCUCGUCUGCGUGGCAAGCGCAACAGGAGACAGCUGCAUCUACAAGAUCCAGGAACACAACGCCUCCGACGAUGCAGCAUCAUCGUUGAAUGCACAGGUCUUGACACCGCCGUCUUCACCUACAGAGGCAAGACGCAGAAGACCAUCGCAGGCCAUCGGUGCACCACCUGCCAAUGCAGACCUUCCCUCCGGAGGCUCGCUCGGCGUUGUUGAAACAUGGCAAUGCCUCGGUCCGGUCGUCGAUUUCGUGGUGGACGAUGGCGCGGGCGGAGACCCUACCUCUUCAUCCGGCGCACAGGCUAGAAUUGUGACGUGCAGCGGAGCUGGUCCGAGUGGUAGCAUUCGCGAGGCUCGAAGCGGUGCGUCCGUCCAGGACGUGACUUCGCUGCCAAUCCCCAACGCGCAGCAGAUCUGGCCUGUCCAUUCUGGCGACGAUGCUGCCAAAUACUCGAUGGGCGUCCUCGUCGCAUUUGCCACCUCGACGGCUUAUUUGCACUUUGAUGCCAACGGCGACCUUGCCGACGCUACCGAACGGCUCGCUGCAGCCGGACCAGAUCUGUCCUUGCCUACCAUUGCCGCCGCGACGGUGCUCUCCCACAAUCAAGGACCUCUACUACUUCGCAUCGCCCGAACGGAAGCUUCACUCGUAAGCUUCACCGACGACAACAUUACUAGUCUGCACAAGUGGACGCCCCCGGCUGGCGUUGAGGUGACAGCUGCAAGCGCCAAUGCGACCGGCCAACUGAUUCUCGCUCUGAGCGAUAAGACUUUGUUGUACUUCCUUGUCGAAGGCGGGACGCUGGUCCAGAAGACCAAGGCCGAGCUAGAGCACGAGGUUUCGUGUACCGACAUCAGCGCGUUGGUUGAAGACAAGGCUGCGCAAAUUGUGGCCUGCGGUUUCUGGAAGACGAGAAGCUUUCAGAUCUUCUCGCUACCUGACCUUGCCCCCGUCGGCCAGGCUUCGGUCGUGCAGCAGCAUUGUUCCGCUGUCCCGCGAUCCAUCCUGCUGCACCGCUUUGCAAGCAAGCAGUCGCAAAGUCCCUCCGACGGACAAACAAAAGCCUCGCUGAGCAACCGCGACGCCCUCACCCCGCAUCUGCUCAUCGGUCUCGGAGACGGCACUCUCAUCUCGUACAGCUUAAGCCUCCCCACCAAGGAUAGCUACAGCAAGACAGUGGGUCUCUUCGAUGCCAAGACGGUAUCUCUGGGCACGCAAGCACUCAAGCUCGACGCUUUGGAGACCUCGGCUGGCGCCCGUGUGGUGGCAGUCUCCGGCAGCCGCCCGACCCUCGUCUUUGCCGACUCGAAACGCUUCUCGUACAACGCGCUCAAGUACAAGGACCAACGCAGCGUCGCUACCCUGCACGCUGGCCCCGGCAGAGUCUUCGCUGCGUUCGCUUUGUCCGACUCGAUCGAACUGGCCUCCAUCGGUGCCUUGAGGCAACGUGACAUCCGCACCUUCCCCCUUGGCCUGAACCAACCUCUUGCCAUUGCGCAAUGGGCCAACAGAAAAGUGUUCGCUGUCUGCACGUGGGAGUUCCUUCCUCUGGGGACUGCGACCAGAUCCAACGGACCACGAGGAGCAGUGCGCAUCCUGGACCACACUACCUUCGAGGUGCUCGACGAGAUCCGUCUCGAGCCGGACGAGCGACCGAACUGCAUCACCGUGCUGCGCGCCCAAGGACACGAGAUGCUGGUCGUCGGGACGGGUUUUGUAACUGAUCAGACCCACGAGACUACUCACGGACGCCUUGUUGGCUUCGACGUUUCGUCCGGCUCCUCACGCACCAAGGAAGAGCGAGGAAGGCUCCGCAAGUUCUUCGAGCAUGACGAGAAGGGCAACGUAUACAGCGUGCAGUCCAUCAACAAUCGUCUCGCGGCUGCCGUCAAUUCCGAGGUCAAGAUCUACAGUGUCGUCGAUCCGCGUCCGAGCGAUGUCCCGGCGCCUCGCAUCAAGGUGCGACAGCGAGGCAGUUGGGCUUCCUCGUUCAUUGCCUGCAAUCUGUCGGUAAUCGAGCCGGAUCGAAUCGUGGUCGGAGAUGCGCUUCGAUCGAUGAAUGUGCUCCACGUGCAUCCAUACACGGCCAGGCUCACCGAGAUCGCGAGGGACUGCGAUCCGUUCUGGUCGACCGCCACAGAGCUGCUAGACGACGAAAGCCAGACGUACAUCGGUGCAGACAUCAGCUUCAACCUGUACACGACGCAGAGGGUGCCGCUUAGCGAGGAAGUUAAAGCGCGCAUUCGCCGCGCUCGCGAGCAGGAGAUGGAACGGUCGGUCAACGCUGUGGAUCCUCGCACAACCAGAGAUCCUAACGAGGUCGAUCGAUACGCUCAUGUCAUGCAGCGCAACGCAGUCUGGCAUUAUGGUGAUAUGAUCAACAAAUUCUGCAGGCGAUCGCUCGUCCCAGACCCGGGGCCAAACGCAGCAGUGCGACCACGACUCUUGUUCUGCACAGCCGCCGGCGCAAUUGGCGUCAUCGCGCACGUUCGAGACGAUGAGGCCCGUCUGCUCGCCAAGGUCGAACGCAACAUUCUCUCGCUCAUCGCAUCGACUUCAGCUGCAGCCUCAGCCGGCGUCGUGGGCAACAUCGCACACUCGGACUGGCGCACUCUUCGAACGGACCACCGAGUUCAGGCGCCGGCCGGCUUCCUCGACGCCAACGUCUUGCAGAAGUUUGUCGAUGGAAGGCUGGACCGUCAGGAGCGUGACAAGGUGGUAACUGGUCCAAACUCGGAGGUGGAAGCGCUGGGAGUGGAGAGAGAGGUGGUUGAGCAGCUCAUUGAGGCUUUGAGCCAGGUUUGUUGA